AAAUUUGGUAACUUUUUAUCUUAAAACUACCAUUGAUGUGGUCUUCCACUUAAGUAGAUAAAACCACUUUCCCCACAUGCAACAAUAAUUGUAGUUCUCAUCCCAAUUUAUCAGAAGCCAAUAAAAAUUAAUACCAUUUUAGUCAUUCAGAGAGUGUUUUGUUGCAGUGAUCAGUUGCUUCUUCCCAACCAUUGAAAGCUCUCAGGUCAUAAUUGCAAAGGCAAACGUGAAUACAGUAGAUAUGGCUUAUGCAAGUGUGGCUUCUCUUAUGCGAACAAUAGAAUCGCUCUUGACAUCCAAUUCGCAGAUGCAAUCUCUAAUCUAUGAUCACAGAGAAGAAUUUUGCACUCUUCAUGAAAAAGUUAGGUCCCUAGAAGUAUUUCUCAAUAACUUUGAGGAAACCAAUGUUUCUGGGCAAAUGACGGAUUUUGAAGUAGAGGUAAGUGAAGUUGCAAAUUCUGUUGAACAAACAAUUCAACUAGGAGUAAUUGAAGUUGUAUUGGCAAAUGAUGAAAAUCUGAGAGAAAAGGCACAAGAGAGGCUUUUUGAUAGCCGGCAACAAGUAGCAGAGAACGUUGAUCGUAUCUGGAAAGAGUCAAAAGAGAUUCAAGAUAAAGGCAAACAAGCAUCAAAGGAAUCAGCGGUUCAAGAGUUUCCAAGCUCGUCAAAAGAUAAUGUUGAGAACAAUAUGGUUGGACGUGAUGAUCAAAGGGAACGGUUGGUAGAGCAUCUGACUACAGGCUACUCUGGUGAACCCAAAGUCAUCCCGAUUGUCGGGAUGGGAGGCAUAGGUAAAACAACCUUAGCGAACGAAGUUUACAACGAUGCGUGCAUUCGUUCUCAUUUUUAUGUUUGUGCCUGGGCUACUAUUUCACAACAACACAAUGUAAAGGAAAUCUUGUUGAGCCUUCUGCAUUCUACAAAGGGUGACAAAGUUUUCACGCAAAGUGAGGCAGAGCUGGCAGACGUGCUACAAAAGAGUUUAAAGGGUAAGAGAUAUUUAAUUGUAUUGGAUGACAUGUGGAAAACUGAAGCAUGGGAUGCCGUGAGACAAUGUUUUCCACGUGAAAACAAGGGGAGUGGAAUAUUGCUGACGACCCGUAACACUGAAGUAGCGCGCUAUGCCGGUACAAAGAAUUCUUUGCCGAUGAGGUUCAUGGAUGAAGAUGAGAGUUGGAACCUUUUCAAAAGUGUAGCAUUUUCAAGUGAAGAAUUACCAUCUGAUUUGGAGACUAUUGGGAAGCAAAUCGCAGAUGAAUGUCAUGGGUUACCACUAACUAUUGUCGUGGUUGCUGGACUUCUCAAAUCUAAAAGGGUAAUAGAAGAUUGGGAAAGUGUUGCUAAAGAUGUCAAGUCAUUCGCCACAAAUGAUCCUGAUGAACGAUGUUCACGUGUGCUUGGGUUGAGUUACGAUCACUUGACAAGCGAUCUAAAGACAUGUCUUCUGCAUUUCGGAAUUUUUCCAGAAGACAGUGAUAUUCCAGUGAAGAGAUUAGUGAGAUCAUGGAUGGCUGAGGGGUUCCUGAAGUUGGAAAAUGAUAUGGAAGGAGAGGCUGAGAAGUGUUUGCAAGAGCUUGUCGAUAGAUGUCUAGUCCUCGUCGGCAAGAAAAGUCUAGAUGGAACAAAAAUUAGAUCAUGUAAGGUUCAUGAUCUAAUAUAUGACCUGUGCUUGAGAGAAAUUCAAAGGGGAAAUGUUUUUAUCAUGAACGACAUUGUGCUUGAUUACUCAGAUUCACAUCGAUAUCUCAGUAUGCAAAAAAUGCAGCCCUUUAAACGCAUGACUGGUGAUAAAAUUGAUUAUUGUCCCCAUGGUCAUUAUAGGGCUCUUCUUACCCCUGUACAUCGUCAGUUGAGAGAUCAUGACAACAACGAUCUUUUGAAACGAACCCGUUCUAUUUUCUCUUUUCAUCUUAAGGAUUCAUGUUUUGUUCUCAAAUCAGAGCUUAUUCAUUUCAAAUUACUCAAAGUCUUGGAGUUGAGAAACAUAGAUAUGGAUCAUUUCCCUGUACAGAUUCUAAGCCUCAUCUGGUUGAGGUACCUAUUAUUGCAUUUCCAUAAGAAAGUAGACAUACCUCCAGAAAUUUGCAGGUUAUGGAAUCUGCAGACAUUCAUUGUUCAAGGGCCUAUGCUAUGGAAAAUAACUUUUCCUGAGGAAAUUUUGGGACUAAUGCAAUUAAGGCAUCUCGAACUGCCCGAAUUUUAUCUGCCUAAUCCCCCGAGCGUAUCUGCUGACAAAGGGAGUCACAUGGGUUUUUCAAACAUACAAACUAUUUCUUACUUGUCUCCAUGUUGUUGCACGAAGGAGUUUAUUAUGAGGAUUCAGAAGGUCAAAGAAUUAGGAAUCAGUGCAUAUCAGAUUGAC